GCACUGGUGGUAAGAAGCGCGUAUGAACUGGUAGCACAACUCGACAGAACACCGGCUCUGCCUCUGGUACAUCCGGGACACCACCACACGGUGGCAGCAGCACUCCUCCCAGCGCGGAGAGAGAGCAGCCGGAAGAGGCGGGAGCUGAGGCCGCGGGAAGUUCGGCGAAACUUGUGUUUAUGUGUGAAGCCGGGAACCGAUAUAUUACUAAAUUAAUAACUUAAAACGUACACAGGUUACAUUUGAGAGGCUGGAGCAGGCCAGGCAUGAGCAGCGCACACCUGGACGAGUGGCAGAGGAGGUCCUUUGACAUUUCAUCUGGCACAUACACACCUGAACAGACGGCCGAUGCUUAUCGGGCACAUAUCCUGUCCAUUCAGUAUGCAUGGGCGAGUGCCGAGCUCUCUCCGGCCGGAGCUGCCAGCCUGCUCAGGACCUACUCCGAGCGCUACGCUUCGGUCCUGGACUCAGACGACCAACGCACAGGGCUCAACAACUACGCUGACAGUGCCCUGCACCUGGCCCGCAAUCAGAAAAACCACAGUGACAAAUGGGAGUCGUCCCUAACGACAGAGAAUGUGUUCAGCCUGCCGUGUGUGCAGAGGAUGAUGCGGGCCGGAGCAGAAGAUGGUAAGCUCUCUGUGGAUUCAGACGAUGCUGACAUUGUGGUUGGUGUAGAGGUGAACAAGAAUGAGGGCAAAAGUAACAUGGAGUUUGUUUCUGCCGGGGUACUGAAAACAGAUCAUCACGUUUCCAUGUCUGCGUAUCUUCCCAAUGCAGAAUCGGUAAGCACAGCGAGUACCUCUUCAAGUGUUGCAGCAGAGAGGGCCAGAGACAAGGAUAGAGCACCAGCUGUCGUUCCUUCAGCCCAUAACACUGCAAGAGCUCAUUUAGAGGUGGGACCACUUUUUGGUCAUACUGCCCAUAACUUUCCAGUCAACUCUGGGUCUUUUCCACAGUCCAGUGUGGGUCACGCUAGUACGUCCAGUGCAAACAAUCAAACGCCUGUGUUCUUCUCCUCUACAAAUCCAGCCAAGAGGAAGAACUUCUACAGUUCAGGAACUGAAAGCAACAGAGGCCCCUUUCCACACCAAGGAGGGCAAGAACUUGGAGGAGGUGGACGGAGAAGGGAGGAGGCUCCAGGCACUAAUUUCAAAACCGCCCGAGAGCAGCUUAUUGUAGACCAGCAGAAAAAGCAUUCAUAUCAGGGCCAACGUGGCUCAUCAGCUAACGUUGCCACCAUAACCAAAAAGUGCCUGGGAGCAAACCGGUCCCGAGGAACCCACUCCAAAUUUGUCUCACCAAUGCCAAGACAGGAGGAUGAAGGCAGGGAUGACCCAGCACAGGACACUCCACCCAUUGAUGAACGACUAAAGAAUUUCGAGCCCAAAAUAAUUGAACUGAUCAUGAGUGAAAUUAUGGAUCAUGGUCCACCUGUGGCUUGGGAUGAUAUUGCAGGCCUUGAGUUUGCCAAAACCACUAUAAAAGAGAUUGUAGUGUGGCCCAUGCUAAGGCCAGAUAUUUUCACUGGCCUCCGAGGUCCACCUAAGGGGAUCCUCCUGUUUGGCCCUCCAGGCACAGGGAAAACACUCAUAGGCAAGUGCAUAGCCUGCCAGUCUGGAGCAACGUUUUUCAGCAUCAGUGCUUCCUCACUCACAUCUAAGUGGGUGGGAGAGGGGGAGAAAAUGGUGAGGGCACUGUUUGCAAUUGCCAGAUGCCAUCAACCAGCAGUCAUUUUCAUUGAUGAGAUUGACUCUCUCCUUUCUCAGCGCACGGAUGGAGAACACGACUCCUCUCGCCGGAUUAAGACUGAGUUCCUUGUCCAGCUCGAUGGAGCUGCCACCUCCUCUGAGGAUCGUAUCUUGGUGGUGGGAGCCACCAACCGGCCGCAGGAGAUUGAUGAAGCUGCUCGCCGCCGCCUUGCCAAACGACUCUACAUUCCACUUCCGGAAGCCGCUGCACGUCGGCAAAUAGUGAUCAACCUGAUGACACGAGAGAAGAGCCAAUUAGGACCUGAGGAGCUUGAGAAAGUGGUGUCCUGCACAGAGGGUUUCUCAGGGGCUGAUAUGACGCAAUUGUGCCGUGAGGCAGCCCUCGGCCCAAUUCGCAGCAUCCAGCUCAGUGACAUCGCCACCAUUACACCUGAGCAGGUGCGUCCUAUACUCUACUGUGAUUUCCAGGAGGCUCUUAAGACUGUUCGUCCCAGUGUGUCUAAAAAAGACCUUGAGCUCUAUGAGGAGUGGAACAAGACUUUUGGUUGUGGUCGAUAAUCACCAAACCACUUGGCCUUAAACUGUAAUGUUUAAUGUAGUUUAAUGUAGUUGAAAGUAAUUUGGAUCGAUUGCUGCAGUUUGUGUAUGCUCCAAAGUUGAAAAGUUAACAACUGCUCUGUUUAAAAAUGUAUGUAACAGUUUUAGGUUCUUUGUGAUUUAGGAGGAACCAUUAUUUUGUGUUAUAAAAAUAAAUAAAUGUUUUUCUAAAAUA